ACAGCUGGCUAUAAAUACAUGCAUUAAUAUCUCUCUCUCUCCAACACAACCCCCACUCUGUCCCCUUCCAACUCACUCCUCCAAACUCUCUCUCCCUCUCUCUCUCUCUCUCUCUCUGCAAAACUUUCUUAGGCCUUCCUCUGUUCCCAAAAAGGGACUCCCUCUUUGUAUGGCAGUUCGCUUGCUUGCGUACGAGGUAUCCGACCUCUGUCUCGGCAAGCCGCCGCUGAGGUCCCUCCCCGUCUCCGCCACCCUCGCCGACGCCGUCUCUGCCAUCAGAUACUCCGAGGACGGCUGCGUCAGCGUAUGGAACUGUGACCACUCCUCGCCAGACAAAAACGACGCCGUCGACGACUGCCGAUGCGUCGGGAAGAUUUCUAUGGUUGACGUCAUUUGCCAUCUCUGUAGAGAAGAGAAUUUGUUGGCUCCGUCGUCGGCUCUCAAGUCCCCUGUUUCUGUACUGGUUUCGAAAGUCCCGGGUCGGGUCAGGCAUUUGGAACCCUCUUCGAGUUUAUUGGAAGCCAUUGAUCUAAUCCUCCAAGGAGCCCAAAAUCUCGUGGUGCCAAUAAAGAUAAACCCUAGAAGAAAGCUACAAAAAUCAUCACCUAAUCCCACUGCUCAUAACGGCCGUGAAUUCUGUUGGCUAACCCAAGAAGACGUGAUCCGAUUCCUCCUCAGUUCAAUCGGCGUCUUCACCCCACUCCCAGCCCUGUCUAUUGACACACUCGGCGCAAUCAGCACCGAAUUCUUGUCAAUUCGGUACCACUCGCCCGCCGCCUCAGCAGUCGGAGCCAUUUCAAGCUCCCUAGCUGAACAGACAUCGGUGGCUGUCGUCGAUGACGAGGGUAUUUUGAUUGGGGAGAUAUCUCCCUUCACCCUCGUCUGUUGCGACGAAAUGGUCGCGGCCGCAAUCACGACCCUCUCAGCUGGGGACCUAAUGGCUUACAUAGACUGCGGUGGUCCCCCUGAGGAACUAGUGAGGGUCGUGAAGGCGAGGUUGGAGGACAGGAAAUUGGAAGGAAUGUUAGAGGAAUUCACCAUUUCCUCCAAUGUUUCCUCCAGUUUGUCCUCGUUCUCGUCCUCGUCCGACGAGGAAUCGUCGUCAUCCUUGCCGAGAUCAGGGCGGUACAGUAGGUCAAGUAGCUAUUCGGCGAGGAUGGUGAGGAGGGCAGAGGCGAUCGUGUGCCACCCAUGGAGUUCGCUAGCGGCAGUGAUGAUUCAGGCAAUCUCGCACCGGGUCAAUUAUGUUUGGGUUGUCGAUGAGGAUUGUAGCUUGGCCGGAAUUGUAACAUUUUCCAACAUGUUGGAAAUCUUGUACCAACAUUUACAAUCAAUGGCCUGAGAGGAUAUUAGGAGCCUGGAAGGGAAUUUCCUCAUCUGUUCAAUGAGAGUGUGGGAAGUAAGAAGGGACAACGCGGAUACACGCCCUUUUUGGGUGCAUAUGAGCCGGAAACGUCUUUUACGAUUUUUGGAUGUGUGUCGUGUGAACAACUCACUCCUUUUUUGGUGUAGUGGUAUUAUUUUGUGUAUUUCUUGUACGAUGGAUGUGUGUCGUGAACAACUCACUCCUUUUUUUUUUUUGCGUAGUGGUAUUAUUUUGUGUAUUGGUACUAUUUUUUUUUAUUUCGUGGAUUCUGGGAUCGUGGCUUUGUUGAUUUGGGUCUUUGCUGUCAUGAUUUGUUUGUUUAAUUCUAAACUUGUCUCUGUCUAUUUUCCUUCCUUAAA